UCUAUUCACAAUUGUUGUAAUCUGUGCCCACCGUUCAAUGCGAACCGCUACAAAUUUUUUCCUAGCCAAUUUGGCGUUGGCUGAUUUAUUGGUUGCCAUAUUUUGUAUUUUACAAAAUAUGUUACAUUUGGUUCAUUUGGAUGCACAGUGGCCGUUGGGAGAAACUCUAUGUAGAAUGUAUGCACUCAUUCUUCACCUUGCCCCAUGUGCGGGGAUUGGAAUUCUCGUGUGUGUUUCAGUCGAAAAAUAUAUAGCUGUUCUACACCCUUUAUUGGCUCUGAAAUUGUUAACGCCUAGAUUUCGUUCAUUAAUGAUGGCUGCUGUUUGGAUAUGCUCGUUGUUAGCAAAUUUGCCAUAUUACACAACUUCAAAAUAUCGUGAAUGGGAGGGAGGAAAUGCGGCGUGCUUUAGAGGGCUUUUAACUGAUGGGUAA